CAUAUGUUAGGAAAAGUUUCUUAUUAAAAAAAGGAAUUAUGUCGGACAAGCGACCUCCCGAAGUUGUUCGAGGACAAGUUUUUGAUGUUGCUCCACGCUAUACAAGUCUGAGCUACAUUGGAGAGGGGGCAUAUGGCAUGGUUUGUUCUGCGACUGAUGGUCAGAACGGUCAGAAAGUGGCGAUCAAAAAAAUCAGUCCAUUUGAGCACCAGACAUACUGUCAACGUACAUUGCGUGAGAUAAGAAUAUUGAUCUCAUUCAACCACGAGAACAUUAUCUCCAUAAAGGAUAUCAUAAGAGCUCCCACACUUGCAGAAAUGAAAGAUGUCUACAUCGUUCAAGAUCUUAUGGAAACUGAUUUAUAUAAGCUGUUGAAAACUCAACAUUUGAGUAACGACCAUAUCUGCUAUUUCUUGUACCAGAUUUUACGAGGAUUAAAAUAUAUUCACUCAGCGAAUGUAAUCCAUAGGGAUUUAAAACCCAGCAAUUUGCUUCUGAACACAACUUGUGAUUUAAAGAUUUGCGACUUUGGUUUGGCGAGAGUUGCCGACCCCGAGCACGACCACACGGGGUUCCUCACUGAGUACGUCGCCACCCGAUGGUACAGAGCUCCCGAAAUCAUGCUCAAUUCGAAGGGGUAUACAAAAUCAAUUGAUAUUUGGUCUGUCGGAUGCAUUCUGGCUGAAAUGAUUAGUAACAGACCAAUUUUUCCUGGAAAACACUAUUUGGAUCAGCUUAAUCACAUUUUAGGCAUCCUUGGCUCCCCAUCAGAAGAGGACCUCAACUGCAUCAUCAAUGAGAAAGCUCGUGCUUAUCUUAUGUCUCUGCCGAACAAGCCACGCCUCUCUUGGUCUCGUCUCUACUCAAAAGCUGACGAAAAAGCGCUUGACCUUUUGGACCGUAUGCUGACCUUCAACCCCACCAAGCGUAUUAACGUCGACGACGCUCUUGCUCACCCUUAUCUUGAGCAAUAUUACGACCCAGCUGACGAACCCGUGACAGAGAAACCCUUCACUUUUGAAGAGGAAUUUGAUGACCUGCCGAAAGAACGACUGAAGGAACUUAUUUUCCAGGUCUCCCCAUGCCGUUGUGACCCCACCCCUCCUAAAAGUCAGUGUAUAUAAAGUUUCCUUGUUUGCCCAAUUCGCACUUGUAAUGUAUAAGUAACGCGUUAACGCACUGUUACGUGCCGUCUCGGCACUGUACAUGCGCUACAGUACGCUGAGUACAUUUUUUCGUUGUAUGGCUAACCCUAUUUUCAGCUGCCGAGCUGUUUUUUUUGCGCAUAAGACCACUUCCUUUUUGUUUUCAACACGAUUUAAAUGUAUUCCAUAAAAGAAUAGUCUAUCUUUACCCGGAAAGUAUAAGAAUUCGGGUGUGAGUAUUUACUAAAAGAACGUUUUGUCCAUUUAUUCCGCACUGUUAAGUGCAGUCCAUUCGAGCGACAAAAAGCGCUUGUUGUUUUGCACAAAUAUGCCCAAGCAGUAUCCCAAUGUCUCUUCCAAGAAUAGUUAGUCUGUCACUGCAACGUAUAAUGGUCCCAAAUGCUUUUUUUUCGUAGCUUGCUUCAAUUGUGCACCUAAUUCCUCUUAAACAGUAGGGAUUUAUGCUCCUCAAAGCUUACAGAGCCAUUAGCUUAAUCAUGAAAGCUUAACACCUUUGUUUUAAUGCCUGUCAGAUUCUUAACAACUAACUCUAUAAGUCCAGUAUGCUCUUGCGCAGUUGCGCCAUCUAGCAGUAAAGCUCUUACAGCUUUUCCGCCGCUAGACAAAAAAAAAAUUUCCAUAAUUCCCUAUAGGUGUCUCAUAUACUUAAAAUAUCAAAAAUCAGAUUUGUCCCAAAAAUGUUCGUAUUUUUUGUCUACAGCACAUUAAUUUUCCUUAAUUUUGCGUAGUACAUAUUACAGCCAGCAUAGUGGUUUCUUUAGCUAUGUUAUAUAAUUACGUCUAACUGUACGCUUAUAUAUAUUGUAUCGCCGAGGAUCGUUUUGUGUACAUAUUAUAAAGGCGAUGUUAAAAUGCUCAAACACUAAUCUACAGUUUUGCAGAACGCCGAUCUUUAAUUAAAUACAAGAGAAACGUGUAA